AUUUCACCAAAUGCAAAAUGAUGCAGAGACAACAAACAAUUAAAACAGAAGAUUAUAUAUUUCCUGCUAAUUAGCAAGAAAAACUUUAAGUUAUUUAGAUGAUAUUUUUUAAAUUUUGAGAACAUGCAUUUCAUAAGACGGAACGAAACUCGUGACUUUGGAAAAAUCCCCUCUUUGAAGAGGCAGUGGCGUUUCAUGUGAAGUUGAUCAGAUUGUACAUCCUUCCAACAUUAAAUUCUCGAUCCCAACUAUAUCUUAUAAAUUAAUUCCUUCUCCACCACUGAUUUCCAACCCAAAAAAAGAAGAAGUCGCACUCUCAUUUUUUUGCUCAAAACCUUCAUCAUUUUCAUCAAAAUCUUGUGAUAUUACACUGAUUAAUUCAAUAGAAAUGAGGCCAAUUUAUAGCAAUACCUUGUCGGUUGUUUCGAUUCUUUUCUUGUUACUUCCCGGUGGUCAAGCUCUCAGGCCUUAUCAUUUUACCCACCACAGUAGAGGCACCAACUACAAGGAUGUAGAAAACCAACAUGUUAAGGAGGGAGAGUUAGGAAUGGAGCUUUACCCGACGGGGUCGAGCCUGCCGGACUGCUCGCACGCUUGUGGGGCGUGCCGGCCUUGCCGUAGGGUGAUGGUGAGCUUCAACAAGUGCGCAGUGGAGUCGUGCCCCAUCGUCUACCGCUGCAUGUGCAAUGGCAAAUACUAUCACGUCCCAUCUAAUUGACCUUUCAUCUCUUCUUUUUCUUUUAAGUUCAUGGAAAGCUACCUUUGUUACUGCUAGAUACUAUCAUGUCCCACCUAAUUCACAUUUCAUUUCUUCUUUCUUGAGUUCGUGGAAAUCCGCAGCCGCUACCUUUGUUACUGCUGAUUUCUCCUCUAGCCUUACCAGUUUUGUAGUAGUGCUCAUGGAAUCGUAGGCAGCAGCUCAAGAUGAAGAAAUCUUGCCAAAUGAGACAAAUUUUGAGUCUAUUUAGAUGUAAAUACCAAAAAAAUUAUUCAAUUUUGUGGUUUUGAGUCUCGCCCCUUU